AUGACAAAAAUAAAUUUUGUUUAUUUAGAUUCUACUAAAUGUACCGAUCCUUGCUAUAACCUUUUUACUGAGUAGAUCAUGCAAACAUUAAUUAUAUCAUUUUACAGCCCCUCAAACUAAUUCAUUUUACAUAUCCUUGAAAAGAGAAUGAUCCAGGUAUUUGUAUAGUUUCAUAAUGUAAAUAUGCAACUCGCGUGCUUGCAUUAUUUGCUCAAAUAAUAGUACUAAUCUUUAUAUUAAUGUUAAACUUCCAACUCCACUUGUGUCUUCAGAGCAUAUUUAUAUUAUGACAGCUACUCAAUAUGUCAUAUUUAUAUAACUUUAAACAAUUCCAGCAUCUUGUAAUUGCGUUCACUCCAUAAUUUUAUAGCCAUACUAGAACUGAAUCAUGGUCUGUCUUCUUAAAAUUUUGCUCCUAACUGCAUCUUUUGCUCUUCUUGCGUGUAGUUAAAGAACUCAACGCCAAUCCUACUCAAAACACACCAUCUCUUACCCGUCCAGUCAUCAACUAUAACUUGUCAAAGUUGUUCUUUAUUUUACUUAAAUUCUGGAUUCUUGUAAUGCAUAUUAAACUACCUAAUGAGAAUAUAUAGCUAAUGUUAGCAUACAUCAUGUAUUCAGAAUUCGCUUGAUAAUAUCUGCUCUUCUUACAUCUAGAAAAUGAGUUUACCCUUGUUCCUUCUUGCACAUUAUCUUAUUUUCCUUACUUCUUACUUUCAAUAUCAAUAAUACAAAGGCUGUAAGUUUCUUUGUUAUUGCUAGAUUGUCCUUAUAUUUAGAUCAUAAGCAUUUUGUAUUUAAAACUGA